GAUGAGUGCGCCACACAGACACACACCUGCUGGAACGACAGUGUGUGUGUGAACCUUCCGGGUGGUUUUGACUGUAUGUGCACAUCUGGACCGGCUUGCAGUGGAGACUGUCUUCACGAGGAGGGCCUCAAACACAACGGACAGGAGUGGAACCUCAGCCUGGACCGAUGCUCCCUCUGCUCCUGCAAGGACGGGCGCACCUUCUGCAGGAGGACAGAGUGUGACUGUGUGGACCCCGAGGCAGACCUGUUCUGCUGUCCUGAGUGUGACUCCAGAAAGUCCAGCCAAUGUCUGCACCAGAGUGGACACACACUGUACAACAGCAGAGACUCCUGGAUCUACAGCUGCCAGCUGCGCUGCCUGACAAUCCACUUGCAGUGA